AUGUUUACCAUCUCCGCUGAGGAGUCUACCAAGAUAUUUGAUAGUGCUCCAAAUAAAUAUUGUCACAAUGAAUUUUAUAAAGGAAAACUGGCAGAACCAAUCACAGAGUAUGAAAUGCAACACGUGAUUGACCUACUUAAAAAUCACAUGGAAAACGAAAGCUGGAUAGGUGCCAAUGACAUUAACCAACCGGGUCUUUUUGUCUGGUCUUCUAAUAAUAACACCUUCGUCAAUACAAGAUGGAGUCGUGGACAGCCUGACAACAAAUAUUUCAGUGACUACAAUGACACAGAGAACUGUGUGCUACUCUGGCAAUCGUCCAAUUUUUCCAACGACGCCAUUUGUGCCAGACAAUGUUCAUUUGUCUGCCAAUCAGAUCCAUGUGAUACGUUCUUACCUGGCUCUCUCUAUGGACAGGAGCACCACACAUGCUACAAAUAUUAUGAGAGUCCAAUGACUUGGAGCAGUGCUCAGAAAUUUUGUUUAAGUCUUAAUUCCCACUUGGUCGAGCCUGAAAACGAUGUUUUACAAACACUUCAGGUUUACCUUUACAACAGAACAGCUUGGAUAGGGGGCGGUAACAGGGACUGUACUACGUCAUUUCAAUGGUAUAUCCGAAACACGACAGUCCCUAGUAGCUCUAUUCAAAGUACUUCAGUAAGUGGCUGUAGAACCCAAGGUCUGUUGUGGAAGCAGAUGAACAGCUCCAUGUCCUGGACUGCAAAUGAUAGUCAAGAAUCUCAUGGAUUUGUCUGUCAAAGCGCUAUUACAGUCAUUGCUCCACGAUUGUACCUUGCUGUACUUCCACAAAUGACCACAGUAAGUCCACACCAUGGGUUACUUCAGGUGACUUCCGGCUCUAAUGACGUCAUCUAUGUCCGGUUUAAUGUUAGCAAGGACCAGACUUUAAAGAACUUUACAGUAUUACCAUUAAUUCCAAGAAGAGCAGUUAGCUUUUAUCUGGAAGAGAGUACAUUUCUUAGUUCCACAGAUGUCUAUUCUCGCUUCGUUGAGGUCAACUCCAGCCAACCAGUGAAUGUUGUCCUGUACAUAGUGAGCCAAUCAACAAUCAGUUCUACCUUAGUGUAUCCUGUCAAUAUAUAUACAUCUAGUCUCCAGAUAUCAAAGAACUACUUACCUAUAUCUUUAUAUAACACAUCGAUAGAUAAUAGCGGUGACUUUGGGAUAUGUAAAGUUGGCUUACAGCUCGAGAAUUUAACAGAGCUAGGUGAAACAGGCAUCUUGACAUAG